AUGAGCCCUUGGCCCUGGGUUCAGGCGAGUCGUACAUUUGCGGCGUGGUUUUGGCUCAAGAGAUCAGGGCCAAAGCGCUUGCGAAAGCUGACGGCCGGAGGUUUGCUGUGCGAGCCACUCGAGGUGCCGAAGUCCGAAAAAAGCACCCGAUCGGUACAAACCGACAGCCGGAUGGAAGGCCCCAAUGUCUUGACGAAUUUCAUCUCCGAGCCAGUUGCUCACAGGCCUCCAGAUGUCAUGCCCGGCGGAGCACCAUCACCAAAUGUGAUGCAGCUGCCUGCUGGUUUCCUGACUCCGACCAGUCCUGAUCUGCGAUCAACUUCGCCGUUCCGAAUGGUAUGGCCUGCGCAGUCGCCGACAAAGCCAUUUGGACAUCGCUUCGCCCGCUCCUUGAGUCCUCCAGUGCGGACCCCGUCACCCGCAGUGCGGCAAGGCAUUGCCUUCGCACCAAUCCCUUGCUGCGGUGGAACUCAGUGCAUGAGUGGGGCGAAUCGCGGAAGAUCUCCUCCGCCACAACCCACAUCGCCGAAAAGUCUCACCAUUCCUUCGAUCAUGCGAGCAGCCAACCCCACCUCUCACGCUGGGGUUUUCGUGCCGAUGAGCGACGGCUAUCAAGAGCAACCAAUGGCAGAGCUGCUUUCUGGGCCACCUCCAUCGGAGCCCAUUUCAAUGGCGCACGACGGCCCGCCAGGGCAAGUCGCGGUGCAAGUCUUCUCACCUGUCGAGGCGGCGCACGGGGCACAGGGCUUCGUCCCAACUGUGGGUUGUGGAGCUUCCCACCCCCACUCCCAGAUGCAGGCGGUUCAAGAGGUCCAGGCGGCGCAAGCAGCUCACGCAGCGCAAGCAACACAGGUGGCGCAAGCAGCACAAGCAGCACAGGCGGCGCAAGCUGCCCAGGCAGCCCAGGCUGCGCAAGCUGCUCAGGCAGCAGCCCAGAUGCAAGCUGUGCAGGGGAUUCAAGCUGCACAGGCGGCUGCUGAAGCGGCACAAGCAGCCAGGGCGCAAACGGUCCAAACUCCAAACCUCCUGACGGCUCCGACUCCCUUCCUUCAUGCGGCACAGUGCGGAGUCACUUUGCCGGCAUCACCGGUACCACGGCUCGUGCUGCCCGCGGGGCCCGCGGCGGCCCAGGCCCAAGCUGCCCAGGCUGCGGUGGGAGGAAGCCCAGCAGCGAGUGUGUCCGGCAGCCCGCAGGUGGAAAACAGGCAUGUGGCGCAGGGUGCUAUGACCCAGCCCUCCCACCGCUGGGUCGAACUGCCCCCUUUGCCAGGUGGGGCUGUGCUGCUCACCCUGCUUUGCUCAUCUCCGUUCGCCCGAGAGCCUAUCGAGAACAAGGGCACAGCAACGAGCCAUUCGCCAUGGCUUUUGGUAUCUUUAUCCCCGAAAAUCACCAGCAAUGACCGUAUAUGCUCGUGUGCAUUGAGCUGUCGACAUACCAUGCCGGGCAAUAGCUUUGCAAUGGCGCGCUGCGGGUGCUGCGAUUGCAGCACAGGCCGCUGUUGCUCUGUGUCUCUUUGGGUAACUGGCUUCCAUCUACUGUAA